GCAGGCAGUGUGCCUCCAUUCAGCCACAUUUGGUAUGCAUGAGCACGGCUGCAGGCAGAGGGGAGGUGGCUUUCUCAAGAAGGUUCAGUGGCUCAGGCACCGCCACUUGACUAGUCUCCCAAGUUCCAGGAAGCCUCUGCCCUAAUGGAAUUUGCAGAUGUGGACAUGACCAUGGGAUGCCAGGGGCGUGGGGGACCAUUUAUUUUCUAGGCAUCACUCAGGUUUGCAGUUUCUGUUUUUUCCGGUGGAAUUUUGAAGGGGUCAUGAAUCAGACUGAUGCUCCUCGACCCCUAAACUGGACCAUCCGGAAGCUGUGCCACGCAGCCUUUCUCCCAUCUGUCAGACUUCUUAAGGCUCAGAAAUCCUGGAUAGAAAGAGCAUUUUAUAAAAGGGAAUGUGUUCACAUCAUACCCAGCACCAAAGACCCCCAUAGGUGUUGCUGUGGGCGUCUAAUAGGCCAGCAUGUCGGCCUCACUCCCAGUAUCUCCGUUCUUCAGAAUGAGAAAAACGAGAGUCGCCUCUCUCGAAAUGACAUUCAGUCUGAGAAGUGGUCCAUCAGCAAGCACACACAGCUCAGCCCAACAGAUGCUUUUGGAACCAUUGAAUUCCAAGGAGGUGGCCAUUCCAACAAAGCCAUGUAUGUGCGAGUAUCUUUCGAUACAAAACCUGAUCUCCUCUUACACCUGAUGACCAAGGAAUGGCAGCUGGAGCUUCCCAAGCUUCUCAUCUCCGUCCAUGGAGGCCUGCAGAACUUUGAACUCCAGCCAAAACUCAAGCAAGUCUUUGGGAAGGGUCUUAUCAAAGCAGCCAUGACAACCGGAGCGUGGAUAUUCACUGGAGGGGUGAACACAGGUGUAAUUCGUCAUGUUGGAGAUGCCUUGAAGGACCAUGCAUCAAAGUCUCGAGGGAAGAUAUGUACCAUAGGUAUCGCCCCCUGGGGAAUUGUGGAAAACCAGGAGGACUUGAUUGGAAGAGAUGUUGUCCGGCCCUACCAGACCAUGUCCAACCCCAUGAGCAAGCUCACUGUCCUCAACAGCAUGCAUUCCCACUUCAUUCUGGCUGACAACGGGACCACUGGGAAAUACGGAGCAGAGGUGAAACUUAGGAGACAACUGGAAAAGCAUAUUUCACUCCAAAAAAUAAAUACAAGAUGCCUGCCGUUUUUCUCUCUUGAUUCCCGCUUGUUUUAUUCAUUUUGGGGUAGUUGCCAAUUAGACCAAAUUGGAAUCGGUCAAGGCGUUCCGGUGGUGGCGCUCAUUGUGGAAGGAGGACCCAACGUGAUCUCAAUUGUCUUGGAGUACCUUCGAGACACCCCUCCCGUGCCGGUUGUUGUCUGUGAUGGGAGUGGACGGGCAUCCGACAUCCUGGCAUUUGGGCAUAAAUAUUCAGAAGAAGGCGGACUUAUAAAUGAGUCUUUGCGGGACCAGCUGUUGGUAACCAUCCAGAAGACUUUCACAUACACUCGAACCCAGGCCCAGCAUCUGUUCAUCAUCCUCAUGGAGUGCAUGAAGAAGAAGGAAUUGAUUACGGUGUUUCGGAUGGGAUCAGAAGGACACCAGGACAUAGAUUUAGCUAUCCUGACAGCUUUGCUCAAAGGAGCCAAUGCCUCUGCCCCAGACCAGCUGAGCUUGGCCUUAGCAUGGAACAGAGUCGACAUCGCUCGCAGCCAGAUCUUUAUUUAUGGGCAACAGUGGCCGGUGGGGUCUCUGGAACAAGCCAUGUUGGAUGCCCUAGUUCUGGACAGAGUGGAUUUUGUGAAAUUACUCAUAGAGAAUGGAGUAAGCAUGCACCGUUUUCUCACCAUCUCCAGACUAGAGGAAUUGUACAAUACGAGACAUGGGCCCUCAAACACAUUGUACCACUUGGUCAGGGAUGUCAAAAAGCGAGAAUAUCCAGGUUUCGGUUGGAUCUAUUUUAAGGGGAACCUGCCCCCAGACUACAGAAUCAGCCUGAUCGACAUCGGCCUGGUGAUCGAGUACCUGAUGGGCGGCGCUUAUCGCUGCAACUACACACGCAAGCGCUUCCGGACGCUCUACCACAAUCUCUUCGGCCCCAAGAGGCCCAAAGCCUUGAAACUACUGGGAAUGGAGGAUGAUGUUCCCUUGAGACGAGGAAGAAAGACAACCAAGAAGCGUGAGGAAGAGGUAGACAUCGACUUGGACGAUCCUGAGAUCAACCACUUCCCUUUCCCCUUCCACGAGCUGAUGGUGUGGGCCGUGCUGAUGAAGCGACAGAAGAUGGCCUUGUUCUUCUGGCAGCACGGCGAGGAGGCCAUGGCCAAGGCCCUGGUGGCCUGUAAGCUCUGCAAAGCCAUGGCUCACGAGGCUUCUGAGAACGAUAUGGUCGAUGACAUCUCCCAGGAGCUGAACCACAAUUCCAGGGACUUUGGUCAGCUGGCUGUGGAGCUCCUGGACCAGUCCUACAAGCAGGAUGAGCAGCUGGCCAUGAAACUGCUGACGUAUGAGCUAAAGAACUGGAGCAAUGCCACGUGCCUGCAGCUCGCUGUGGCUGCCAAGCACCGUGACUUCAUUGCACAUACGUGCAGCCAGAUGUUGCUCACAGACAUGUGGAUGGGCCGGCUGCGGAUGCGUAAAAACUCAGGCCUCAAGGUAAUUCUGGGAAUUCUACUUCCUCCUUCAAUUCUCAGCUUGGAGUUCAAGAACAAAGACGACAUGCCCUAUAUGACUCAGGCCCAGGAAAUCCAUCUCCAAGAGAAGGAGCCAGAAGAACCAGAAAAGCCCACAAAAGAAAAAGACGAAGAAGAUAUGGAACUGACAGCAAUGUUGGGACGAAACCAUGGAGAAUCUUCCAGGAAGAAGGAUGAAGAAGAAGUUCAGAGCAGGCACCGGUUAAUCCCCUUGGGCAGAAAAAUCUAUGAAUUCUACAAUGCACCCAUCGUGAAGUUCUGGUUCUACACUCUGGCGUACAUCGGAUACCUGAUGCUCUUCAACUAUAUCGUGUUAGUGAAGAUGGAGCGCUGGCCUUCCACCCAAGAAUGGAUCGUCAUUUCCUACAUUUUCACCCUGGGGAUAGAGAAGAUGAGAGAGAUUCUGAUGUCAGAGCCAGGGAAGUUACUGCAGAAAGUGAAGGUGUGGCUGCAGGAGUACUGGAACGUCACAGACCUCAUAGCCAUCCUUCUGUUCUCCGUUGGGAUGAUCCUUCGUCUCCAAGACCAGCCCUUCAGGAGCGAUGGGAGGGUCAUCUAUUGUGUGAACAUCAUUUAUUGGUACAUCCGUCUAUUAGACAUCUUCGGCGUGAACAAGUACUUGGGCCCUUACGUAAUGAUGAUUGGAAAAAUGAUGAUAGACAUGAUGUACUUUGUCAUCAUUAUGCUGGUGGUGCUGAUGAGUUUUGGGGUUGCCAGGCAAGCCAUUCUCUUUCCCAAUGAGGAGCCAUCAUGGAAAUUGGCCAAGAACAUCUUCUACAUGCCCUAUUGGAUGAUUUAUGGGGAAGUGUUUGCGGACCAGAUAGACCCUCCCUGUGGACAGAAUGAGACCCGAGAGGAUGGUAAAAUAAUUCAGCUGCCUCCCUGCAAGACAGGAGCCUGGAUUGUGCCAGCCAUUAUGGCCUGCUACCUUUUAGUAGCGAACAUCCUGCUGGUCAACCUCCUCAUCGCUGUCUUUAACAAUACAUUUUUUGAGGUAAAAUCAAUAUCCAACCAAGUCUGGAAGUUUCAGAGGUAUCAGCUCAUCAUGACUUUCCAUGAAAGGCCAGUUCUGCCCCCACCUCUGAUCAUCUUUAGCCACAUGACCAUGAUAUUCCAGCACCUGUGUUGCCGAUGGAGGAAACAUGAGAGUGACCCAGAUGAAAGGGACUACGGCCUGAAGCUGUUCAUAACUGAUGAUGAGCUCAAGAAAGUACAUGAUUUUGAAGAGCAGUGUAUAGAGGAAUAUUUCAGGGAAAAGGAUGAUCGCUUCAACUCGUCCAAUGAUGAGAGGAUACGGGUGACUUCAGAAAGGGUAGAGAACAUGUCCAUGCGACUGGAAGAAGUUAAUGAGAGAGAGCACUGCAUGAAGGCUUCACUCCAGACUGUGGAUAUCAGGCUGGCACAGCUCGAGGACCUCAUUGGGCGCAUGGCCACUGCCCUGGAGCGUCUGACAGGUCUGGAGCGGGCCGAGUCCAACAAAAUCCGCUCUCGGACCUCCUCGGACUGCACAGAUGCAGCCUACAUCGUCCGCCAGAGCAGCUUCAACAGCCAGGAGGGGAACACCUUCAAGCUCCAAGAGAGUAUAGACCCUGCAGGUGAGGAGACCAUGUCCCCAACUUCUCCAACCCUAGUGCCCCGUAUGCGAAGCCAUUCUUUCUAUUCGGUCAAUAUGAAAGACAAAGGUGGUAUAGAAAAGUUGGAAAGUCUUUUUAAAGAAAGGUCCCUGAGCCUACACCGGGCUACUAGUUCCCACUCUAUAGCAAAGGAAUCCAAAGCUCCUGCAGCUCCUACCAACACGUUGGCCAUUGUUCCUGAUUCUAGAAGACCAUCGUCAUGUAUAGACAUCUAUGUCUCUGCCAUGGAUGAGCUCCACUGUGAUAUAGAGCCUCUGGACAAUUCCGUGAACAUCCUUGGGCUGGGCGAACCAAGCUUUUUGGCUCAAGUACCUUCCACAGCUCCUUCGAGUAGUGCCUAUGCAACUCUCGCACCCACGGACAGACCUCCAAGCCGGAGCAUUGAUUUCGAGGACAUCACCUCCAUGGACACUAGAUCUUUCUCUUCAGACUACACCCACCUCCCAGAGUGCCAAAACCCAUGGGACACUGACCCUCCAACGUACCACACCAUUGAGCGUUCCAAAAGUAGCCGCUACCUAGCCACCACGCCCUUUCUCCUAGAAGAGGCCCCAAUUGUGAAAUCUCAUAGCUUUAUGUUUUCUCCUUCGAGGAGCUACUAUGCCAAUUUUGGGGUGCCCGUGAAAACAGCAGAAUACACAAGUAUUACAGACUGUAUUGACACAAGGUGUGUCAAUGCCCCCCAAGCAAUUGCUGACAGAGCCACCUUCCCUGGAGGCCUUGGAGGCAAAGUGGAGGACGCAUCUUGCUGCCAUCCCGAGCGAGAAGCAGAACUGAGUCACCCCAGCUCUGACACUGAGGAGAAUGAGGCCAAAGGCCGGAGAGCCGCCCUCGCGAUACCCUCCCAGGAGGGCGAUAACUCAGACAGAACCCUUUCCAAUAACAUCACGAUCCCCAAGAUAGAGCGCGCCAACAGCUACUCAGCAGAGGAGCCAAGUGUGCCAUAUGCACACACCAGGAAGAGCUUUUCCAUCAGUGACAAACUCGACAGGCAGCGGAACACAGCAAGCCUGCGAAAUCCCUUCCAGAGGAGUAAGUCCUCCAAGCCAGAGGGCCGAGGGGACAGCCUGUCCAUGAGGAGACUGUCUAGAACCUCAGCUUUCCACAGCUUUGAAAGCAAGCACAACUAAACCUUCCUAAUAAGCAUUGCAGGAGGCUCAGAAUCCAGCCCUAAAAUUCUCCCCAAACUCCACCUGUUCCCAUUCCUUGAAGCGUACCUGCUUUAUUUUUAGCUGAGCAAAGAAAGCAAUGCCUUGGGAGGUGUUCACUCUAAGUUGACUUCUGGGCCACAGAUCAAGAAAGCAUUUGAUCUGGCCCAGUGCCAAACACAGGGGAUGUAAGUCAUGCUCACGCUUGAUGGGUAGGGAGGGGUAAGUGAGGGAGAAGAAGGGUUGAGAUGAGUGUGUGUCACUAGUCACUUCAGAAAGCGUUGAGCUCUGGGAAUGAAAGGGCUUUAUGCAUUCUCAACGCCAGGAGGAGUCUUUCGAUUUCUGACCAUUAACACGAGUUUUAGGAAGCAGGGAUAACUUGCAAAAUAAAAUAAAAUAAAGUAGCCAGCAUACAAAUGAGAUAUUCUAAACUUCAAUUCUGUUUUCUUUUCACAUUGGCUCCAUCACUGGUGACUGAUGAAGAGCAUCCUUUUUAUUCAGUAUAAGCCGGCAGCAAGCAGUUCUACCUAACGUCCCACAUCCUUCUCAUGCCAACACUUCUGUAAUUGAUCAGUAUAAAGAAAGAACCAGGUAACAGUCAUAGUUCACCUGUCUCAUAUAUUCACUUCUGGUGCCACAACUGUUAAUCUUUUUUGAAGAAAAUAAGGGAAAAGAAAUGCCUUUUUGUAUAUUGCAAGUGAAAUGAAAGAAUUGAUGUUAAAAGCAAAUGUCACGUGGCCUAUUAUAUACAGUGGGCAUCCAAGUAUAGUUGAGCAAGCUCAGGAUGAAUGUAACUAAAUAAUUCUAUAUUUUUAAUUUAUUUUGUAUUUCACCUGUCAUCAAUGAAUUCGCUCACUGAGUAUGUAAUCGUGAACUAAUAAAAAAAGAGAGCGGGCAGAACUCCCCAAAAUUGCCAUAUGGGACAUCUCACCAGUCAUGUCGUGUGUGAUGCUGCUGUGCGACCUUCCUCAUGUGCAUGACCUCACCUUGUCUUCUGAACAUCUCCAAGACGUAACUGCCGAUUUUUCACACCACUCACCGCAGGGCCAUUUUAUAUGUGGAUAUCUGGUGGAUAUUUUCAUACCUAGAGUUUUGCCAUUUAAUCUGAGCUCAGCAUAAAUUUAAUUGGAGUUUUUCAAGGGCUGGUAUCUUUUUUAUGGAAAUGUUCCAAAGUACUUUUUAAGGAAGUUUCAAAACCAUAAAUAACCUUAGCAUCGACUGAGAGUUUGGUGUCAACCCAAAGCCCUUGUUGCAGGCAUGUCAUGAGUAUUUUUCCUGUACACAGAGCUAUUAAAAAGAUACAGUAGACUAAAGUAGGAAGAAAAUAAACCAUGUAAAGAGUUCUAUAGUGUGUGCUGCUUAUAUACAUAUAUAUGCAUUUACACAGAGACAUGUUAUAUAUAGUAUAUAAACAGGCAUAUAGAGUUUUCUUAAGAGGCCUGGACUUUUCUAUCACCUUGAGGUACAACCACAAUUUUUAAUAUCCAAGAAAUUUCAUUGAAAGAAUUCAUUGUAUUUCAUCAGAUAUUGAACUUAUGAUUUUUUAACUCCCUUUCCCCUUAACUUUUUCAUGUACCAAACUAGAGUUGUUAAAAUGAAUUGCCACCUACGUACUGCCCCCCACCUUUUUUUUGUCCAAAAGCAGCCACUAUCUUGACCUCUCAUUUCUCCUGCACAAAGUGCUUACACCAAGUACUAUUGGAAUAGACAUAAUCCAAAACCAGACAGUAGUAUGGAUUCUAGAAUACAGGUAUACCUGCUUCUACAUCAGAAUCUGGAUUUGAAAUGGGAUAAAGAAAUUUUGAUCCUCAAUUCUUUUGAUUUCUAUUUAGCUCACUGAUUUUAAAAAGUAAAUAAAUAAAAUCUUAAAGGAAAAUGACUUAAUGUUCCUAGCCCCAAACAAAAACUGGUUCUUUUCUUUAGUUGUCACUGGGAACUCCAAAUUUUCUCAUUAUGUGGCAUCAAGUAAAUACAUGGAUAAAACCUCUAGCUUUUAAAUGUAAACAAACAAACAAACAAAAAAAAAACCUCAGAAUAAACUUUCUAGGUGUAGAAUGCAGAAAUGGUGAUGAGGCCACAUAUAAAAAAUUAAGGAAUUUCUUUUUCAUUCCUUAGUAUCUAAGUGAAUCAGAAAGAAGCAAACAUGCUUUUGGUCUGAGAAUAAGUCAGUUACCCUUAAACUUCCUAGAGUCCUGAAUCUUUUAGGAUCUGAUGAAAGCUCUGGGCCCUCUCCCCAAGGGGAAAAAAAAAGUGUAUACAUAUGGAAAGUUGCAAUAUAACUUUAUAAGGUUCCUGUACCCCUGGUUCCAUACUGAUUGAUUAUGAAGAAGAGGAACCAUGUUUGUUCAUAAUCAAUACAGUUGUAAUAAUAGGCACUUUACAUUUUGAGACCAAUUCUCUGUGAUUCUCAGGAAGGCCAAGUCUCAACACCAGAGUCAGAACCAAGAUUUUGUAAUUUUUGUUCCUAGAUUAGAUUUUGCUAGUCUGAUGUGUUUACUACAUCCUAACAUAUUGAUGGUUUUAAGUGUGGCGUGCACUCUCACAGAGCCAGAAGGCUUUCUGAGAGGGUCUGUAGAGGACUCCAAGAAGGAGGUGAAACCAUUACUCUUUGACCACAGAGCAGGACAUCACAGCACCUCCCGGCUCUUAUUCUGGACCAGAUUGAAAGUGGGGGAAAGAAAUUAGGAGUUUAGGAGUUUCCAUUCAUUGCGAUUUCUGGAGAGGACAGAGCAGGACCUGGGAAACAAAGUACUUAACAGUCCUGGCCUUGUGACUACCUGGUUUUUUUGUUGUUGUUGUGCAUGAAAAUAAAGUUCUUACAUCUUUUGUGAUGUGUGUGAAAUGCAUAAGCUAAAUUUAAAUGACUUUAAACACAAACUGUGUAGCUUUUAUGAGCCAUUUCUUUCCUGUGUGCAUACACGUGUGUUAUGUUUCAAUCCAUUUCUUUCUGUUUCUGGAUCCUCUGCCCACUGAUGUGGCAUCGAUUCUGUGGCCUCGUACAGUCAGCUUGUGUGCAGCUCAUUUAUUCCACCACAUCCCUGACUAAGGGGACGUUAAUUAUCUGUCUCUGUGAAUUAAGCAGCUCAUGAGCAGCAAGCUAUUGGGGAACAUAAAUAAAGUCAUAGAGAACUCAAGGAAGUAAUAGCUUUGGUUUAAUUAUCUUCUAAAGGUGCCAAUUUUUAUAUACUACUAUAUGUGAUGAUUUGUUCUAAAUUGCUUGGUCCUUUUGAAAAAAAUUAAGGAUGUUUUAUGAAAAUGACCAUGGAAAUUUCCUGAUAAACCAACAUACCUUAUAUUUGUUGUGAGCAAUGCCCUCCUUAAUGGAUUUGAAUGAGGAGCUAGAAAGCUUGGCGAUAAUCGUCACGGCUAGUUUGUGUGUUUCUCCAAACCAGACAGUGUGUUAGCCGUCAGAAUGCAGCACUUUACAGAACUGGAUUUUUUUAAAAUCUAGGCUUCUAGGUCUAACAUAUUAUUUAGCACUUUGAGAGUUCCCUCUUGAAAAUACAUAUAUAUAUAUAUAUAUAUAUAUAUAUAUAUAUAUAUAUAUGAAUAAUCAAAUGGGGAAAAUGUACUUGUAAAAACACAAAAUGUGUUUUCUUCUGAAUGUCUCAAAUGUAUUCUAAAAGGUGGUUUCUAUAGAUAACAUUAUGGUAGAUAACUGGAUAGUCCAUUUAUUCUACUUUCUGAGGCUGUACAGUCUAAUCUUCCUGAAUGUUUGGGCUGUUUGACUUCUUUAAUGACAAUAAAUAUUAUCCAGUCAUCCAUCAUGCUAUAUCUGUAGGCUAUUACAUUCAAUGUGUUGGGCAAUGCUGUAUAAUAAAAUACAUGUAAACAGAUAUGUAACCUGUGUUUAACUCAGCAUAGCUGUAGCAUGUGGUUGUAUUAAUGAACGUUACAGGACAGCUUUAUAAUCAUUUAUAAAUCUGUAACAUUCAAUAAAGAAGCACAUGUUGCAAGGAUGAAUUAUGUCCCCAACUCCAUGUUAUUUAGCAUCCUCGUGAAAUGGGCACUUUUGUCCCGGACCUGCUUCAUGUUUUCUACUUUCCUGUAGACCACUGUAAAAUAUGUGUAUAAGCUGAUGUACAGCCUCUAACCACCCCUGUGAGUCGCAGGAGGCAAUUGUGAUUUUGUGAAAGACAAACUGGCAUGUUAUGCAAAUGACUAUCUGACAAAUGAACUUAAAAUAAUAUUUUAAACUCCAGUUUAAUUAGCUGUUUGUUUACAUCUGCUGACCCAGUAUGGAAGCAGUGUACAGUAUUUUAUAAAUAUGCUCAUUUAGUAACACUACUCUGUUUCUAGAUAAAGUGAUGCUGAUGUGUAAGUAGUAAUAUACUUGUUCUAGAUAUUGCAUUAUAACCCACUCUUCUUGAACAAUAGCAAUGUGACCUAAAUGAAGUAAUCCUGCUCCAAACCCAGUCUUAAUUUUGUGGCAACAUAAUGCAUGCACUGCUUUAUGCAUUUCUUUUGACUUUUUAAAGGCACUUAACAUUUUACUCUUGCCUGCUGUGAUACUGAAACCAGUUAGGGACGCACUCAAAUUCUUGGGCUUCUUACAUUGUUUGGGGAUUAUGUUCAAGUUGUAAAAAUUAAAAACAAACAAAAAAUAACCAAGGGUUUUUUUUUAAUUUUUUUUAAAGCUCUGAACAAAUAGUAUGAAAUAAAGUAUUAACAAUAAGGUGUAUAGCUUGGGACCUGGAGAUGGCUAGCCAACAGCACUUGGGUUUCCCAAGGUCUAGGCGUUGGUGCAUCUGUGAUAUAUGAAAGACAUAUUUCUGAUUCUUUAGGGCCACUGGGCACAAAUUACUAAACCAGAGGUGAGAGUGAGAAGUCCAUUGAUUAGAGUGCAGAAGUCCACAGAUCAUUAUGAAUGAGCAGUCAAGUGAUAUAGCAUAUGACUUCCCUGCUACCUGGUAGCUUUUUUCUGGUGGUGAGCCUGCCCUGGGGGCAGGUGAGAGGUGGGUGACUGGGAGUCUGCUGGAGCACUGGGUGUCUCUGAAGAGCUUGCCCUUUAAAGAAAUCAUAAUUUCAUUAUCAGAAGCCAUUCAACACUUGGAAAAGAGAGGCACCAAUCUGUACAGUCUUAUAAAGGACCGCUCCUCAAAGGAAUAGCAAAAACUUUUCUCUCAACCUAUGCUGGCCCAAGUUUUCUCUUCUUUUUACAUCUCAGUCUCUCUCUCUCUCUCUCUCUCUCUCUCUCUCUCUCUCUCUCUCUCUCUCUCUCUCUCAGAUUAGAGUCGACCAAAGGAGGGAUUGGUUCUGAUAUAAAGAAAACAAGAUUUUUUUAUUUCUUUUCCUUUUUAAAAAUUUUUACUUGAGAAGGUAGUUGUGUUAACUUUUACCUGAUGAAUCCCUUGCACUGAUCACUGCAAAUGAAAUCAAGACAUGACAAUUUCUGUCAUACAUGUUGUCUAAGGAUUUCAUUGGCCGAGUAAUCUAUGUGGCAAUAAGAGUGAAGUGAACUUCCCCCUUCCCUACCUUACCUUCGGACCACUGCCUAUUUGCACAAUGUUUAGAAAGGGACAUAUCCAUAGGCUUUCUGAAAUGUCAUCACCAAACUUGACCCAGGCCUUGCUCUGGCAGAGGCAGGCUGCCGAGAACUGUGGGAGUGGAAGUUCAGCCUUGUGCCUGGAGUGCAAUCUCCUCCACCCCCUUGACUUUCUUCCUUUCCCAUAGCACAGCACAAAAUGCUUUUUUGGCUAGACCGAAAGACCCUGGGUCCCAUUACCUCAAUAUCCUAUGGACUCUGGCACAGUAAACUGAAGUAGUGGCUACUUAGUAGAAACAGCCCAACAUCCAGACUAUGUUCCAGUCCUAAUCUUCCCACUAACUUAGCCUCCUCCCUCAGUGCUACCCCACAAGACCAACUUGGCUGGUGUUUGCAUCAGCCGCAACCAAUUCUUUGCCUGUCUGAAUCCCAAAAGGGUCUUUCGCACCUCCACUGCAGCUUCCCAUGUGUCAUCAGAACCAGCCAUCUGCAUCUAGACUGUGGGCUUGCAGAGUCCAAUAGGUGGAGGGGCUGGAUGCGGAACACAAGUGUGGGACUGGUGAAGGACAACAGGAAGAAGUGGGAUUUGUGGGGCAUGAGAGAACACAUGUCCCACUACAAAGACGUUCACAUUCACGUUUGUAAACACCGUGUCAACCAAACAAAUGUACCUGCCAGCAACAUUCAGUCCCCAAGGCAAUAGCUUGGGACCUCUGAUUUAGAGCCAACCAGAAUCACAGUCUCGAUUCCAACUCAGAGUGUAUAUACAAAACACACUGAGAAUUGAGGUGGGGGAAAGGAACUCGCCCUAUUCAGGGGCAUAUGGUCCUCCUGAAUGAUAUAUGCCACAUCAUUGUGAACCCAAAUGCAGGAUCUUUGUGAGGGAGAUUCAGAAGAGGAGUACCAUAGCAUCGUGUCAGGCUUAUCUGCAUCCUGUCACAACAGCGUCUAACCUGAGUUUAUAUCACCGCUGCUGCUGCUGUUCAAAACAGUACAUGCAGUAACUGUACUCAUUGCUGUUUCAUAACAUAGAACUUAGACUCUCAUUUGUAAAUGUUCUAACCAUAGUUUGUAAUGGGGAAAUUAUUAAAAUAUCAUUUUUAAAUGAAUUCCUAUAAAUAAAACAAUUUUGAAGUUGGGUUUGUUAAAUAUAUAUACAUCUUUCCUUCUUUAUGUAUGGAUAAGCAGUGGUUUGCAUAUCUAUCGACAUUAUAAAUAUAUAUCAAUUCUUAGAGGAAUUGUUCUUUUUUUAAAGGUCUGUUAGUGGAUUCACAAUGCACUUUGAGCUUGUUUGUUUAGAUAUAUAAUUCCAAGCAGAAGUUGGCAGAUACCACAGGAAAAACUUUCUGAAAUUUCUGUAACACACGUUUUGCAAUAAAAAAAAG